AUUUUGACUGCUUCUCUGGACUAAAGCAUCCUAUAAUAUGCAUAGAAAAAGUGAAUGACUCUUUUAUCAGCAUGGAGAGGAAACUUAUGUCCUUGCCUGUACCCACCACCAUAUCAGAAAUGGAACCCAAUGGCACCUUGGGCAAUAACAACAGCCACAGGAGCUGCACAACUGAAAGCUUCAAGAGGGAUUUUUAUCCUGUUGUGUACCUGAUAAUAUUUGUCUGGGGAGCCUUGGGAAAUGGCUUUUCCAUAUAUGUUUUUCUGCAGCCUUAUAAGAAGUCCACGUCUGUGAAUAUUUUCAUGCUAAAUCUCGCCAUUUCCGAUCUCUUGUUCAUAACCACACUGCCCUUCAGGGUUGACUAUUACCUCAGAGGCUCCCAUUGGAUAUUUGGGGAUCUGGCCUGCAGGAUUGUGUCUUAUUCCAUGUAUGUCAACAUGUACAGCAGCAUUUAUUUCCUGACUGUGCUGAGCGUUAUGCGCUACCUGGCAACUGUUCACCCCUUCCGGCUGCUCCACGUCACCAGCAUCAGAAGUGCCUGGGUUCUGUGUGGGAUCAUAUGGAUCCUCAUCAUGGCUACGUCAGCAACACUUCUGAAGAAUGGCUCUGAGCAGAUGGGUAAUGUCACAACAUGCUUAGAGCUGAAUUUCAAUAAAAUUGUUAAACUGCAGACCCUGAACUACGUCGCCUUAGUGGUGGGCUUCGUGCUGCCGUUCUGCACGCUCAGCAUCUGUUACUUGCUGAUUAUCCGAGCCCUGUUAAAGGUGGAGGUCCCAGAAUCGGGGCUGCGGGCCUCUCACAGGAAGGCGCUGACCACCAUCAUCAUCGCCUUGAUCAUCUUCCUGCUGUGUUUCCUGCCCUACCACAUACUGAGAACCUUCCACCUGAUUGUGUGGGAAGUGGGUACGUGCACAGACAGGCUGCAUAAAGCUGUGAUCGUCACACUGGCCUUGGCGGCUGCUAACAGCUGCCUCAACCCUGUGCUUUAUUAUUUUGCUGGGGAGAAUUUUAAGGACAGACUAAGGUCUGCAUUCAGAAAAAGUCAUUCACAGACAACAAAGUGCAGCUUUCCUGUUGCGUGUGGUUGA